AUGUCAGUACUUUGCAGUAACUAUGCUCGAGCAGCAGAGGCUGAUGUGAAAGGCAGUAACCCUCAAGGAUCCCUGGUGCAUCAUCACGGAAGGACUUGCAAGUCUUGCUUUGGCUGCCUGACCCCCUCGAAGGCCCAGCAGCAGCACCAGCAGCAGCACCAGCAGCAGCAGCAGCCGUGCCUUGCUGAAGGGCUUCCAGCUGCAACACGUUCCUGCCUGGGUAGCUGGGAACCGCCUCGCUCCGGGGCUGGAACACCAGCUCCCACAGGCCAGCUGCUCCCUGAGGGGCCCGUGCCCAAGCUGCUUCAACUCCCAGGCAGAGGUAGGCAUCUAGCUGUAACCAUACCAAAGUUCACAAAAAUAAGCAACGCCAGGGCUACAUCUUUCAAACUGCCAAAGCAGAAGAAGGUUCAGCAAAAGCAGUACAAAAGAGUUAAAUUAAAAUUAUCUGAAACGGGGCUGUUCUCUGCAAUACAUGUUGGAUCAAAGUGCACUCAGAAGAUUGCAAGUACUAAAAUUUCAUUGUCUGCAGGAAACAAAUAUCAUAAUCCGAAAGCGAAAGAGCGAAAGAAAGAGCGAAAGAGCGAAAGAAAGAGCGAAAGAGCGAAAGAAAGAGCGAAAGAGCGAAAGAAAGAGCGAAAGAGCGAAAGAAAGAGCGAAAGAGCGAAAGAAAGAGCGAAAGAGCGAAAGAAAGAGCGAAAGAGCGAAAGAAAGAGCGAAAGAGCGAAAGAAAGAGCGAAAGAGCGAAAGAAAGAGCGAAAGAGCGAAAGAAAGAGCGAAAGAGCGAAAGAAAGAGCGAAAGAGCGAAAGAAAGAGCGAAAGAGCGAAAGAAAGAGCGAAAGAGCGAAAGAAAGAGCGAAAGAGCGAAAGAAAGAGCGAAAGAGAGAAAGAAAGAAAGAGCGAAAGAAGAAAGAAAGAAAGAAAGAAAGAAAGAAAGAAAGAAAGAAAGAAAGAAAGAAAGAAAGAAAGAAAGAAAGAAAGAAAAGAGCAAUUUCCUCCCCUUUAUUCCCUCUUCAUCAGAGCAGUAACACCAGAUACUUAACAUGA